UUCCAGUGGAGGUGAGGAGGGUGAGAGAAAGAAAGAAUUCAUCACCACGGCCAGUCUCUAGUAAAAUGAGAUGAAUGUAGUAGUUCAACAGCUGAGAUUUAAUGGAAUUAAAUCAAAGAUUGUUAGUUGAAGAACAUCCUGUGGCAUCUUAUUCAUUUGUCUGCUUAUGAUCAUUUAGCCGAGAUCGGAUCAGGUUCACCUAAGAAAACAAUCUCUCAUGUCCUUGGUUCGUAGAUUUAGAAUCCAUUUUCGAAUCCACAGAUUAAGGACUUACGAGAGUAUGUGAACCUGAUCUGAAUUCCAUUUAGUCUAUAUAGGAAGAGGAUUCUCUGUCCAAAUGGUAUAAGAGAGUAACAACAUCAUUUCAGGUGGAGAGAAAAAAAAAAAAAUUUGGGGAGAGAGAGAGAUGGCGACAUGGUCCCUGGGUCUAUCCCGAGAUGAGCCUCCAGAAAACGAGGAAGCAUCAACAACCUCCACUGCCAAUGGAGGAAUCAUCCCAACGAAAGAACCAUCCUUCUCAGAACUAUAUCUCUCUCCACCUAAAAUCAGCUUCUCUGGAAUGGGUCCACCUCCACUACACCCACCUUCCUCAUCACCACUGGCACUGGACUCUAUGACUCGGACUUGUGCCAUUACAAGCAGAGCGAGAAGAGGGUCAAACUCAAACCCCAAGCCAAAGUCGUCCUUCUUCAGAAGCAUCUCCAACAAGGAACCCUUCUUACCAGACCUCUCCUGUUCCCCUGCUCGAUUCAGCUUCUCUGGAACCUACCCUUUACCACUUCUUCCUGCUUCCCCUGGACCUCCUCCUCCACUGAUCCCAACUGUAACGAAGCUCGGCAACUUCCAAGUAUCCCACAGAUGCAUCUCUUCUACGCUGAAGAAGGACGGGCGAUUACUGUCGAUGGGGGAAUCCAACGACCUAGUGUACACAGGGUCAGAGAGUAACUGCAUUCGGAUAUGGAAGCUUCCCGAUUACACUGAGACUGGACAGCUUAAGACCAAAGCUCACAUGGUAUCUACAUUGGCGGUGUCCAAGAAUCGCCUCUUCGCCGCCUAUGCCGACUCCAAGAUUCGUGUUUGGAGACGCUGCUGGGAAGGAAUCCCCACCCAUGUUCGUAUUGCUACCAUUCCCAAUAUCGGAAGCUAUAUCCGCAACUACAUCGCCGGCAAGGACAAGAAAACGAUAAAGCAUUUGGGGCCCAUAACGUCACUGGCGAUGAAUGAGACGGAAGAUCUCUUCUACUCUGCUUCAAUGGACAAGACCGUGAAGGUUUGGAGAAUCUCAGACCUGAAAUGCGUCCAAACCAUUGAAGCCCAUCAGGAGCCGAUCAAUGCAAUCGUGGUGGGCGACGACGGCGUUCUCUAUACGGCCUCCGAAGACGCCACCGUCAGGGUAUGGCGGAGGAACUUCUGCGGCGGUGAUAGGCAAUUACACUCUUUGACGGUGACCCUACCGGCCAAGUACUCGCCGGUGAAAGCGUUGAGCCUGGCUACCGAUGGAGAUGGUGGGAUCUUAUACGGGGGUUGCACGGACGGGUACAUCCACUACUGGCACAGGGGAUGGUUCACGGGUCAGUUGCAGUAUUGUGGGGCCCUCAGUGGGCAUAGCCACGCUGUCAUGUGCCUCGCCAACGUGGCUAAUUACUUGGUCAGUGGGUCCGCCGACCUGACGUCGAGGGUUUGGAGGAGGGACCGAGAUAGCCAGCACGCAUGCCUGGCGGUAUUGCGAGGUCACAGGGGACCUAUCAGCUGCGUGACGGCGUCAGUGAACCGCAGGGGAGGUUUGGGCGACGACGGUGAAGAUGAGUGCACGGUGUGCACCGGGAGCCUCGAUGGGGUUCUUAAGGUGUGGGAAGUGAGGAUCACCGGUACUACUAGUUGGAAUUCUAAGCCAACAGCUGCAGGGUGCUCAAGAUAUCUUUGACAUCUGCAAUCUAGGCUUUUCUACUACUAAUUCCUCCACGGGUCUCUCUCCUCUUUCGCAAUUGGGAAGCAAAUGAUGUAACAAAUUUGAAGUAUCUUGAGCCCUAAAAUGAUGGAGAGAAGAGGAGAUGAUGUAUAACAAGGAUGACAAUAUAUAGUCUUUGGCAGUAGGGGUUGUCUGCAAUCGAACAAACAGAACUCUUACAUGCACAAUAAAGCCAUGACCGAGCAUGAUAUGGAGAGGGGAUGAGUAUAGCUAAUUAGGAGGAAAUGGAAAGAAGAGGCGACCAGAAAAUUGUCCCACCACCUAUUAUUUGGAGUUAAAACUUGAAACUACCCCUACCCUUGGCACCGUCGGUGAGGGAAUCUCAGUCCAAUAUAUAUAUAUAUAUAUAUAUAUAUUUAGUUUGAAUAAUGAUUGAGUUUACCUAAGACCACGUGAAAGCAUGCCUUAGAUACAUGCGGGGUAUGGUAUUUGAAAAGGGUAUGUAACCCACUCGGUUACAAAACCCUUGUAAUCUAAAUUUUUGUGUCUCCAUUAUUUUGUUAUUUUGUGAUUGUUUUUAAGGUCAAAAAAGUAAAUUACUAUGUCCCCAUUAUUUUGUCA